GUGUGUGUGUGUGUGUGUGUGUGUGUUUUCUCUCCCUUUCUGCUCCUGUUGGCUCCUUGCCACCUCCUGCUUUUUGGAGAGAUUUAGAGCAUUAAGGUCAGGCAGGGGGCAGGGAGGAGGGUUGCUCCCGGUCCGUUCCCAUGGAAACACAGCGGAUCAGCUCAUACCAAAAUAAAAACUUAGUUGGUCUUUAAGGUGCUACUGAGGUCGGGAUGGGGGGGUGCCCCCCCAGGAAGUUCCCCUAGGUGGCCUCUCUUCCCUAUCCCUCCCUCUGCAAUUGCGCACUUCCUGCAAUUCCAGAGAACCACCCGGAUUAUCUCUGAGCUGUGCCCUCUUCCCUUCUACUUCCCUUUGGAGUUUCCUUUGGCUAUUUUGCUGGCUCUGUUGCUUGUUCUAGGAAUGGAUUUUUUGUGUGUUUCUUUUCGUAACUGUGUUCCUCAUAAAACACCCCAAAUCUAUAUCUGUCUGUCUGUCUGUCUGUCUGUCUGUCUGUCUGUCCAGAUACAGACACUAUCUAUCAUCUAUCUAUCUAUCUAUCUAUCUAUCUAUCUAUCUAUCUAUCUAUCAUCUAUCAUCUAUCUAUCUUGCCAGAUACAGACACUAUCUAUCUAUCUAUCUAUCUACACUAUCUAUCUAAUCUAAUCUAUCAGGAUACAGACAGGUUAAUAUAUUGGUGCACUGCGUUUAUAUCCAUGAUUCCGCAACCUCCUCAUUUAAUCUCCACAACCACAGGAGGCAAUGAAGGCCACCAACUUGGAUGGCUUGAGAACAGGUUGAGACAAGUUCAUGGAGGAGAGGACCACGGAUGACUUUGAGCCAGGAUCCAUCCCCAGCCUCCACAGUGGAGGCAGAAGUACCUCUGAUUGCCAGUUGCUGGAGGGAGGGGUGUCUUGAGUUUGAAUCCUGCUUGAAGGUUCCCCACAGGCAACCACUGAGUGCCUGCCUAUGAGAAGAGGAAGCUGGACUAGGUGGGCCAUUGGCCUGAUCCAGCACAGGCUCUCCUACGGCUCUUAUAUUCUUACAGAGAAUUACAAUAAAAACAUGGGGGCCAGUCCAAGAUGUUGCCCCCAGUGGCGGACGACGGUGAUAUAAUCCUUGUCCAAAAAUCUUCUCAGGUGCCCCUUUGACAUUUCCCCUUUUAAAAUAAAAAAUAAAAAUCUUUUUUAUUCAGUUUUACACAACACAUUUAAAUUCAAACAUUAGACAUCAGCAGCAGCAUUUAGGAUUCCCUGGUUUCCAUUUUUGAUCUUUUUCAACUGCUUCACAUAAGUGUGCAUGCACACGAAAGCUCAUACCAAAAUAAAAACUUAGUUGGUCUUUAAGGUGCUACUGAAGGAUUUUUUUUAUUUUGUUUCAACUCAGACAAACAAGGCUACCUACCUGUAUUUUUUCUAUUUUUCUUAAAUAAUCCAUUUUUACCUUAGUUUUUAGUACAUUCCAAGCGCCACUCAAAUCCUGCCAAAGUUCCUCUCUUCCUGAUUUCUCAUUUUCCUGGUCAUUCUUGCCAUUUUGGUUCCUCCUUCUUUCUGGUCGGGACUUUUAUCUGCUUUCCAUCUCUGGCCCAGCAGUACCUGUGCUGCUGUCGUCGCAUACAUAAAGAAGAGUUUCUGCUCCUUUGCUAUCUCUGCACUUCAAAUCCCUAGUAAAGAAGCCUCUUUUCCAGAGCUGCCUGGCCUCCCGGGCGAAGUGCAGGCGGCAGACCUUGCAGGAGCGGCGCCUGCCAUGCCUCCCACGGAACCCGAGGCCCCUCCUCCCACCAGCCCCGAAGGCGCCUUGCCGGAGAACCCGCCUGCAGGCAGUCCGGAAGCGAGCCAUGUUUCAUCGCUGCCUGGCACGGUCGUGACGCCCGUCUCGCGCACCGUCUGCCUGCACCGGCCUGCGGGCACCUUCGCCGACUCGCAGCCCCUCGUCCUGCUGCUGCCCUGGUUUGGCGCCCGGCCCGGUGCCCUGGCGAAGUACCUCUCCCUCUACCUGGGCCGCGGCUGGGCCGUGCUGGUGGCCGAGAGCAGCCUGGGCCACUUCCUGUGGCCGCGGUGGGGCCUGGCGUACGCGGAGCAGCUCCUCGGGCUCCUCGGGGAGGGCAAGGCCCUGGGCACCCAGCCCCUCCUCAUCCACGCCUUCUCCAUCGGAGGGUACACCUUUGCCCAGAUGAUGGUGCACCUCGCCAGGCACCCCGAGCGGCACGCCGGCGUCCGAGAGCGCAUUCGCGGCUGCGUCUACGACAGCCUGGUCGCAGGGAGCCUGGAGAAUAUGGCUCAGGGCGUGGCCAGGAUGACCAGCUCCUCGGCGGCCGUCCGGCCUCUCCUCCGCGGAGGCGCCCUGCUGUACUUCCGCCUCUUCCGCCCGUGCACCGUGGCGCACUACGAGGCCGCCCUGGGCGCCUUCCACCACCCGCCCGUCGGCUGCCCCGUGCUGGUCUUCUUCUGCCGCAACGACCCGCUGAGCGAUGCCCGCGCGAUGGAGCAGUUGCUGGCCGCCUGGCGGGCGCUGGGCAUCCGCGUCCAGGUGCAGGAGUGGCCGGUCUCUCGCCAUGCGCAGCACCUGCGCCUCUACCCCCAGGAAUACACGCGGGCCGUGGGCGCCUUCCUGCAGCAGCUGGGGCUCCCGCCGGCCUCCGGACUCCAGGCGAAACUUUAGCGCGGGAGAAGGAAGAAGCAGCAAUGCACGCUCAGCCGAGGAGGAAGACAUCGCCACUGCCAUUCCUGCGGCGGGCACAGAGGCCAAAGGCCCUUUUGCCAGAGCCACUCCAGGAGGCUGCAACCAGGAGGGGGGCUGGAGUUGGGGGUCCCAAUGGAGAGCGCUGCAGGCUGUUGCAAUGGAAGUGCCCAGGACUUGGCUGGCAUGGGGCGGCCUUGUCCGUUCUCUCUCCCCCGGGCCCCUGCCCCCC